AUGGAAGAAGAAUAUGAGGCCCUCAUGAGGAAUCACACUUGGACACUAGUGCCAAAGCCACCCCCAAGCACAGCCCCUACCAUUGGCAACAAAUGGGUCUUUCGAAUCAAGAAGCAUCCAAAUGGUACAAUUCAAAAGUACAAAGCACGGCUUGUGGCAAAGAAAUUUCAUCAAAAAGAGGGAAUUAACUUUGAUCAGGUGUUUAGCCCGGUGGUCAGAACUCCUACUGUUAGAGUCAUAUUGAGUUUGGCAUUAGCAAAGGAAUGGAAGAUCCGACAGUUUGACUUCAACAACGCCUUCUUAAAUGGCGACCUCGAAGAAACUGUCUUCAUGACUCAACCAUAA